GCUUGCCUCAUGUUGCUAAUCACUAUUUCCCUGCUAUUGAUUUAUUAAUUCAAAAAUACUUAACUCCGCAUGUUCUCUCCCUUCAACAGCAGCAACUUUCUGAAAGUUUCUUAUAUGAUGCAUCUGAAAUAACUUAUAAUCAAAUAAGCGUUGAUAAGGAUUUUGUUGCUUUGCUUCUGCCUAUUAAGUUGUAUGAAUUAAAUGAAUCUUCAACAUAUGAUACUAUCCCCCAAACAGUUGAUUUUUGGUACUUGUCUCAUUUCCAUAUUGCUAAUGUAUUUACUCCUUCCUUGCAAAAAUCUGUCAGUGAAAAAGCACGUUGGUCUAAAGGGCAUGGAAUAGCAAAAAAAGCACUUGAUCUAACAAUAUGCCAUAACUGUAAUGACAAAUUUUUUGGCAUGAUGGAAGAAUUUAUUUCAUCUAAAAUGUAUAAGCUACAACAUUCAAAAGAAAAUAGAAAUGCUAGUAACAUUGAAUUACAACCUGCUAUUACCAAUCCACUUGUGACAAAACAUCGUGGACACCCACCUAAAUGA